AUGGAACCGCAUAAUUGCCGUUCCAUUUUGCCUAACGAUGUUUUCGUUAGGUGGGGAGAUGUGUUGUGUGUAGAAAAUAUGGUUGUUGUUAUAACUCAAUCGAAAUGCCCGGAAUGUAAGAGGUUGUUUUGUGCAAAGUGUAAAGUUCCAUGGCAUUCAGGAUUUGUGUGUGAAGAAUUUGAGAAGUUGAACAAAGAUGAAAGGGAAAUUGAAGGUUUACAACUUAUGAAACUUGUUAAGAGUGAAGAAUGGCAAAGAUGUCCAAGUUGUAGGAUGUAUGUUGGGAGGUCAGAAGGUUGUGCACAAAUGAGAUGCAGGUGUGGAUGCAACUUUUGUUACAAAUGUGGAGCUCAUUCAAGUGAUCACUACUGCAAUAGUUGUGGUACUUAG